AUGGUUCCGCCAUCGGCAAUUCCUGAGUCGACUCAAAACUCUGCGCCAGCAGGGGAGUAUACCAACGCGGAGCUGCUACUGACGAUGCUGCUGCUGCAGCAGCAGCAGCGCAAUGGGAGCCUCGUGGGCGCAGCAGGUAGCAGUCUCGCACAGGCAGCUAUACCUCCUGCUACAGCGGCCACCGCCGGUGCUAACGGUCGUGUUACUGCCGGUCGGGAUGGUGGCGGCGGUGGUGUCAGUGGCGCGCAGGCAACUGUGCUUACAGAGAACAACGACGCUACUUACAAUCGUCCUGCUGCUGCUCUGCAUGGUGGUGGUGGUGGUGGCACUGGUGGCAGCAGCGGCAGCGUCGCUCUGCAUCCGUUCGAUGUCAUGCUGGGGAUGGACGGACAGGAUCGCUCGGGAGGAGCAGGAGCAGGAGGAGCAGCUAGAGCAGGGCCACCAGCAGCAGCUGCGGCAGCAGCCGAAACAGCAGCAGCAGCAGCAGCAGACAUGGCAACCGGAGCAUCUCAAGUGGAUGGCACUGUAUCGGAUGCGGCAGUAACGAGGCUUCUCUUAGAGUGGAUAGCGAUGCAAGACACGAAUGCAACAGGCACAGGUCCUGGAAAUCCUCCCUUGCAGUUUCCCCACCGCCUCUCACACCACCCUCUCCCACAAAAUACUAUCAGAAGCGCUUCCUCUCCCCUUUCCCCAUCUUUCCCUCCGCCUCCCGCUCCGUUCGCUCCGGCCACUGUUCUCCCACUGGGCUCUCCGCGCGUUCCCCUCCCCACUCCGCCGCCUGCGCCCCAGGGCAAUGCUGGCGGGACCUCUGCAACAGGGGCCAUGGGUGUGGGGACGCCAGAGGGGGCGGGUGCGGGGUCAGCGGGUGCAGGGGAGGCGAUGACGUUUGAGGCAGCGGCGCAGCAGCUGUUCCUCGCCACUGCGCCUGUUGCGCUGGGAGGGAGGCGGGGAGGGUGGGCGGACGAGGGCGGUGCAGGUGCUGCUGGCGCGUCAGCAGGGGCUCGUGUGGUGUCAGCGGGAGCAGGUGUGCAGGCAGCGGGUGCAGGGGAGGCGAUGACGUUUGAGGCAGCAGCGCAACAGCUCUUUCUUGCCACUGCGCCUGCUGCGCUGGGAGGGAGGCGGGGAGGGUGGACGGACGAGGGGGGCGCAGCUGCGGCGAGGGCAUCAGGGGUUGGAGGAGUGUUGCCCUGUGCUUCUGUGGCUCUCGUGCAGGAAGCUGCUGCUGGUGAUGAUGCUGAUGGCGGUGAUGCUGCCGCUGAUGUUGAUGCUGACGGAGUUGAUUUUGGUGUGGGUGAUGGUGUGGAUCGCACGGGUUGUGCUGCUAAGGCGGAAGGGGAGGAGGAGCAACGAGGGAAGGAGCGGAAUUUGGAGAGCAGCAAUGGGCCAGGCGAGGGCAAUCACCGUGGACAGGCGUUGCUACAGAUGAUUGAGGAUAUGGAGCAGCAGCAACAGCAGCAUGGGGCACAGGACUGGGACCACUCGGGUGCACCCUCUUCGCCCUUCAAGCAAGUGCGAGUGCAUUCCCAGGCGCAUUCCCAGGUGCAUUCUCAGGUGGAUUCCCAGGUGCAGCCCAGCAGGAAUAAGGCGUCCCUCCCCACGCAAGCUCGCCGCACCCCUGACCUGUCAGCACGACUGAAAGGGCUCCUGGGGGUGAUUACCACCUCCUCUCCUCCCAGUGGCCAAUGUCGUGCUGCCACGUCAGCAGCAGGAGGCGGAAUGGCAGAUGCUGUGAGGGAACGUGUGGCAGGCGGUAUGGUUUCAGGUGACCCUGCAGAUCCAAUUGCCGCUGGUAUGGUCCCAGGCACAUGCGUGGGAGCAGGCUCAAAAGCAGGUUUGGGAAUAGGCUCGGCAAGAGGUCCGGUAGUGGAUGUAGCAGCAGGUACGCACGGUGCGGGUCAGGCAGCCGAAGCUGGGAGCACAGCAGAGGGAGGCGAAGAUGCUUAUAUGGAGGGGCAGGAGGGCGGGAUGGGAGACGUGAAUGUGACUGCAAGGGGGGGGGCAAGCUUUGCUAGCAGCACGGCUGCAGGAGGGACGAUUGGAGGAGGGUUCUUUGGUGCGAAUGCCAGCCUUGGCUUUCAGAGAGACUUUGGGUAUGAGCGAUGGAAGGAGCAGGUGGGGGUGCUGCUGGAAGGAAGUGGGAGGGACGGAGGGAAGCAGCAGCAGGAGCAGCACCGGUCGCUGAAACCGGAUGUUUCUGGGCUGCUUCCUCGCAUGGUGGACGGCGGGAAGGAGAGGCACCUGUGGUCGCAGCUGUCAGCGCUGGCUGAAGCUCUCACCACCGAUGACUCGGUGCGGUGGCGGCACUUCAUGCGGCAGGUGCGGAGGGAGGCGGCAGCGGGGGGGGACACGCUGCAGCGCAUCGCCUUCCACGCGCUCCAGGCGCUGCGGGCUCGCACCGAUGGCACCGCCAUCCAGCAGUUCAACAGCGGCCGUGCUUGCUCCGCCGAGGGUAUCAUGGAGCUGAUGGGCCACGACAGUGCUUAUAGCGUGCCAUCCUUUAUGGAGUACAACUAUGCAGCACAGGUGCAAGAGAUAACCCGAGCCUUCAUAGACACGGAAACUGGCACAAGAGCCGGCAGUGGGAUUGGAUCUGGGUCGGGUGCAACCAGCAGUGGGAAGGCUGGGAGAAGCAGCCAAGGCAGGAGUGAGAGUGAGCAGAGGGAGGGUGCGAGAAUAUUCUGGAGGCAGGGGAUCAGUAGUGCAGUGGGCUCCACAUUAGCUUCCCCUUCUGCUGCUGCUGCUGGCGGUGCGGCUGGUGGUGGUGGUGUGGCUGCUGCUGCUGCUGCUCCCUCCUCCUCUCCCUCCCCUGCUUCAUCCGCCACUCCCUUGGGCUCCCGACCCACCUCCACCAAAUUAGUUGCCCCUACCACUGCACCUACCACUCCUCUUGGAUCCCCUGCUGCACCGCCCUUCUCUUGUGCACCAACCGGCACUGCAGCUAGCCCCCCUGCUGCUCCCUCCCCUGCAGGAGACGCCAACACAGGCACCAGCACCAGGGGGUGGGAGAGACCCUACCCAUCGGCCCCCACCCCGCUGCUCAAGAUCACAGCCGUCGAUUUCUCCACAGUGAAGCUCUCAUCUCAACGGUCAGGAAUGGUCCAUCUGGGUGGGCGGUACCUAGAGCAAGUGGCUCGGAUGCUAGACCUCCCUUUCACUUUCCAGGGGGUCGAAACCGCUCCAGAGGAUUUCCAUCCGUCAAUGGUGGAAGUGGAAGAGGGGGAGGAGGUAGUGGUGCUAGGCAAAUGGUCCCUCCACCUCUUUCCAGACGACUCAGUCCUCCGAUCAAACCCCAGAAACGCCAUCCUGAAGUGGAUUUUCGACCUCUCUCCCCUGCUCUUCCUGCACGUCGAUCUCGAUGCCGAUGCCAACGGGCCCUUCUUCCUCCCGCGCUUCCAGAACGCGGCGCGGAACUUCGCAGCGAUCGUCGAGUCGCUGGACACAAACCUCCCGCACUCCGCCGGUCCGUGGCAGGCCUGCGAGGCGUUUCUAGCGCACGACAUGGUGAACAGCAUUGCCUGCGAGGGCACGCACCGGUGGCUGAGAACAGAGCGGCUGGAGCAGUGGAGGAAGAGAAUGGAGGCCGCAGGGUUCCGGCCGAAGCCGCUGCAUGCGGAGACGGUGAGUGCGAUGCGGGCUGUGACGGAGGGGCGGGAUCGGCGGUUUGAGCUGAAGGUGGACGAGCGGUGGUUUGGAGCGUCGGCGGAGCUCAGAUGGCGAGGCACGCCCACUGUGUUUGUGGCCGCGUGGCACUGA